AUGAAGGAGGGGGCGCCGGCCGAGCCUAGGUCCGUCCAGAGGUCCUCCGAGACGGGCUCCGGCGCCGCGCCCGCCGCCAGCCUCGCCAAACAGCAGUCACAGCAGCAGCAGCAGCAGCAGCAGCAGCAGCAGCAGUCGGCCACCAACUUCGAGUACGACGACGGAGAGUGGGACGUCGGCAUCGGCGACCUCAUCAUCGACCUCGACGCCGACAUUGAGAAGAACAACGACGCGGCGCGCUCGUCUACCUCGUCGGCCGAUCCGAGGAUGGGCGUCCGUCAGCAGCACAGCAGCUCCAUGGAGAAGGGACUCAAGAUGAAGAUCAAACGCACCUCCAAGCCGGGACGCUCCUCGGAGGCCAAACACGAGAUAGUGCAGUCGGCCAAGGCAGCGGCCAAGGCGGCCGGGAAGCGUGCUGUGCACAAGAAGGAACGCCGGGAUAAGGAGCCGGCCGGCGCGGUCAAGACGGAACGCCGCGAGAACGGCAGCGUGUCGGACAUGUGUGUCGGCACAGACGGCCUGGUGAGCCGCGGAACACUGCUCGAGCCGGACAGCCUGGGGCCCUGCGAGCCGGGCACCACGGUCAACCUGGAGGGCAUCGUGUGGCAGGAGACCCAGGGAGGUGUUCUGGUAGUGAAUGUCACCUGGCGGGGGAAGACGUACGUCGGUACCCUUCUCGACUACACCCGGCACCACGACUGGGCGCCGCCCAGGUUUAACGACUCGCCGACGGCGGAGCUGGAGUCGCGCAGCGGCAAGGGGCGCGGUAAGCGAGGCCGCGGCGCCGCCUCCGCGCCGGAGCCGACCGUGGCCGAGACCAGGGCGUCGGCCCAGUCCAAACUGCGCAGCCAGAGCAAGGGCCGGCGCAGCACGGCCAACUCGGCCGGCGCCAACUUCACCGCCCCGGCCAGCCCGGUCAAACGCAAGGGGCGCGCCGCCGACCGCGAGCCCGCCGCCGCCGACCGGACCCCCAACAAGCGCAGCCGCACCAGCUCAAACACGAGCUUGUCGGAGCCGGCCUCGUCUGCGCCGGGCACCCCGGAGCCGGCGGCGGCCGCGCCACCCUCGCCGGCCCCCACCCCGCCGGCGGCCACCACCCCGGCGCCGCUCAUCGAGUGUCCCGAGUCGGGCUGCUCGAAAAAGUACCGACACGUCAACGGACUCAAGUACCACCAGAGUCACGCCCAUUCGAACGGCCUCAGCGAGGGCGAGCGUGAGACGGGCGACUCGUCCCCGGAGUCGCCGGCCGCCUCCAAGACGCCGCCUCCUCCGCCGGUUCGCAGCUGA